CAUAAUAUGGAGGGUUUUGCCUCGAAUGCAAUUAUACAUAGACUACUUAAAACUCUCCUCCUUGUCGAGCUUGCGACUUGCCGCCGCAACUCGGCUUCUUCCUACAUCGCACCUCUGCUUCAGCUUUCAGAUUUUCAUUCUGGGUGGCCAGGGAGAGAAGAGAAUAGUAAUGGCGGAAGGGGAGACAAAGGCGAUGGCUUAUAUACCGGAGGUUAUUUUGAAGAAAAGAAAACACAAGGAAGAAUCACUAGCACUUACAAGGAAAACCCAGUUGGAGUUUGGCAAAUAUGGAGGGAAGAAGAGGAAGGUGGAGGAUAUCAAAAGGCCUGAGCAGUUUAUCAAGGAGUUCAGAGACAAGGAAUUGGACCUAAUCCGAAUGAAACAGAGGACAAAGAGGCCAAAAUCAGCAUCACUCACGCCAAAGUCAAAGCUUCUAUUCAUCAUUCGCAUACAAGGCAAAAAUGAUAUGCACCCAAAAACAAGGAAGAUUUUGUACAACCUGAAACUAAGGAGGAUUUUUCAUGGUGUUUUCAUGAAGGCAACUGCUGGCGUAUUGGAAAUGCUACAAAGGGUGGAGCCCUAUGUUACCUUUGGAUAUCCAAAUCCUAAGAAUGUUAGUGAGCUAAUUUACAAGAAGGGUUAUGGAAUGCUAAACAAGCAGAGAGUUCCUCUUAUUGAUAACACCAUUAUUGAACAGGCAUUAGGGAAACAUGGCAUCCUGUGUUUAGAAGAUAUCGUACAUGAAAUUGCUAAUGUUGGUCCACAUUUUAAGGAGAUAACAAAUUUUUUGGGGCCUUUUGCACUCAGCAAGCCGAAGGGAGGAUUGCAGGGCAAGAGGGCAUCUUACAAGGACGGAGGAGACACUGGAAAUCGUGAAGAUGAAAUAAAUGAUUUAAUUGAUAAAAUGAAUUGACAUGGAGCAAUUGUACUUCACCUGAGAUUUCCUAGAGGCAUGUAUCACAGUUUAAAGUUAUUGUGUGUUGGAUUUUGCUACUACUAGUACUACUUACGUAGUUCAUUGGUUUAGUUCAAUUUUUGUUUUUCAA